AUGUCUUCAAAAUCUUCAGAUUGGUUUGAAAGGGCUUUGCGAGGUGAUACUAUAACCUCUUUUAAUUAUUUUGUAGAUUGUGAUGUCAAAGAAGUUGGAAAAGGCGGAUUUGGAGUUGUUUAUUCAGCUGACUAUGAAGGAACAAAAGUCGUGUUAAAAAGUGCUAAUGCUAAUAGAGUGACUAAAGAAUUUGUUAGCGAAUUUAGACGACUAAGUUCUAUUAAAUUUCAUCCAAAUCUUAACCAAUUUCAUGGAAUUACGCUUGACCCUACAACUGAAAAUCUCAUGCUGGUGCUGCAAUUUGCCAAUGGAG